UGGUGAGUGGUGAAGAGCUUUCACUUUAUGGAGAACGAAAAUCAACAACAACGCCUGCAGGCUUUGAUGAGAUUAAGAUCCAGGUUCAAACGUGUCUGUGUUUUCUGCGGAAGUAGCACCGGAAAGAAACCCAGUUAUCAGGUCGCAGCAAUACAGCUUGGGAAUGAAUUGGUUGAAAGGAAUAUCGACUUGGUUUAUGGGGGAGGCAGCGUUGGUCUAAUGGGUCUCGUCUCCCAAACAGUUUACGAUGGUGGUCGCUACGUCUUAGGGGUAAUCCCCAGGACCCUCAUGCCUAAAGAGAUAAUUGGAGAAACUAUUGGGGAAGUGAGAGUUGUGUCCGGUAUGCACCAAAGAAAAGCCGAAAUGGCUUGCCAAGCCGACGCUUUCAUCGCCUUGCCUGGUGGAUAUGGGACAUUAGAAGAACUUCUGGAAGUGAUCACUUGGGCUCAGUUGGGAAUACAUGAUAAACCGGUGGGGUUGUUGAACGUUGACGCUUACUACAACUCGCUCUUAUUUUUCAUAGACAAAGCAGUAGACGAAGGCUUUGUUACACCGGCAGCCCGUCACAUUGUUCUUUCCGGCCCAACUGCCCACGAACUUGUGUCCAAGCUUGAGGAAUACAUGCCCAAGCACAAUGGAAUCGCAUCUAAGCUAAGUUGGGAGAUUGAGCAACAGUUAGAAUACUCGACAAAGUCGUACAUCGCCCGUUGAAACUGAACCUAGUUACAUACGCUCUCCUUGCUUGCAUUAACGAUCGUAGAUCACAC